UGCCUGGCCGGGGCCGGGGGAGGGCGGUUAACUCUGCUCACUUUUGUUUAGGGUGUGCAUAUGUUUUUGUGACAGUGUUUACAUUUGGUUUGUACACCCCUGUAGUCACACCUGGUUAACAGUAGGCGAAUAUGUUGCAUUCCACACACACACGCACGCACAUCAGCGCGGUUUGCGGCACUCUUCGCAAGCGUUCGUAUCGCGACUGGAACAGAACUGUGGGCUGAGGAUUUUUUUCCUGGCCGAUGGGAUGGGAUUUCUCGCACAGGACUUUGCUCGUCAGUCGGGGCUCUGAAUGCGGAGCGGUAAGGAUGGCUGCCCCGCACCGGCCGCUCGCCGCUUGCGUGCUGCUGCUCUCGCUGCUCCGGCUGGCGUCUGGAGACGGUUCGCAGUCCCCGACUGAUCACAAGAGCCCGCCGACGCCCGGCGCUCACCACGGCCCCCUGGCCCGGCACUUCGGCAAAGCUCGGCUGCUGGUGAUCGCCGCUCCCGGUCCUCGGGACACGUCCUACCGACUGAUGGAGAGGCAGGUGGACCUCAAAAACAGAGCGCUGAGGUGCGAGCUGGCGCUGAGGGAUCUCCUGUUUCUGGUCCUGUUCCAGGGCAGCCGGCCGGCCCGGGGCAAGUUGCUGAGAGUGUCUCAGGAAGGUAAGGUACUGGAGGAGAGGCUGAGGCCGGAGGUGGUAAAGCAGAUCAGCCAACGACUGUCCUUGGAGCCUUCUCGCUUCGGCAUGGUGCUGCUCCGGAAGUCGCUGCAGGUCUACGAGAGAUUCCCGUACGCGGUGAGGAUGCAGGCGGUGCUGGAGACGGUGGACCAGAUGCCCCUCCGGAAGGUGGAGAGUUUGACCAGGAGGGCACAGAAGCAGAAAUGCAUCGGGUUCCGGGCCCGGAAACCCUCAUUGCAGGCCCCCGCCGGUAGGAAUUUGGCCAACGGGACCUCUCCCACUGGGACCCUCCCUAACAGAUCAGUAGCCAACAGCACCUCUCCCUCUGGGAGCCUCCCUAACAGAUCAGUAGCCAACGGGACCUCUCCCCUUGGGAGCCUCCCUAACAGAUCAGUAGCCAACGGGACCUCUCCCCUUGGGAGCCUCCCUAACAGAUCAGUAGCCAACGGGACCUCUCCCCUUGGGAGCCUCCCUAACAGAUCAGUAGCCAACGGGACCUCUCCCCUUGGGAGCUUCCCUAACAGAUCAGUAGCCAACGGGACCUCUCCCCUUGGGAGCUUCCCUAACAGAUCAGUAGCCAACGGGACCUCUCCCUCUGGGAGCCUCCCUAACAGAUCAGUAGCCAACGGGACCUCUCCCACUGGGACAGUGCGCAUCAGGACUGUGCCCAGAGGUUCUCAAUCAAAUGCCCGGCUAAGACCAGGUUUGCCCAGCUCACGGAAGCACUUUCGGUCUCCGAACGGAAGGUACCCAGAGCCGCCCCGAACACCGGCUGUGGGACGGCGGAGGCAGAAAGCUCUGAGCUCGGAACGGGGCGCCGCUAGGGCGAGGAAAGCCAAGUCACCUCGGAACCCGGCUGGCCCGGGGCAGGAGACUGUGAAACAGCUGUUGGGGCAGAUCGAGAAGAAGGUGAUGCUGAUGAAGAUGGCCAAAGCCAGGCACCCCCUCCAGACAGCGCCCAACACUGAUGGGACCCCAACCGCGGCUCCUCUUCCCGACUCCCAACCCCCCGCCCCUGCGGUCCAGCGUCCGGACGGCGGCAGCCCUGAAGAGUUCACGGCUCUAGCCUUCAAUCCUGAUACCGCAGGAUCUCACUACGGCCAACGCCAGGUCACCGAGGACCCCAUCCUCCGGACCACCUCGUGGAGCCCCCUCCCCGAGCACAGCAGCCCACCGGAGCGGCGGCCAACACCGGCUUCCAGUCCCAAGCGCUCGCAGGCGGGGAGGGGGCAGAGCGAGCCUCCGCCCGACAGAGUCUCCACUCCCGGAGAGAGGAACGGGGGCCGUCCCCCGCCGACCGCUCGUGCCAAAGCCGAGAAGGUGAAGGGCAGAGACAGGGAGAACUCGGGGAAAGGGAGCAGAGGCAAAGGCCGGAAGAACAGGAGGAAUCGGAAGAACAAGAAGGGGUCCAGGGGCUCGAAGCGGGGUGGCAGCCAGCAUUUCCUGGAGCAGUUCCGCAACAAGAGGAGGCUGUUGGUGAUUACUGCACCCAGCAUAAACAGCCGGCUCUAUAUCCAGCAGAGGGAUGAGUAUCUGGAGCACGUGUGUCAGCUGGCUCUUCGGCGGAUCAGUGUGAUCAUCAUCCUGGGAUCACUAUCCAACAGCACCCUGACUGUGGAACACUACCAGACCGAGAAUGAAAAAGCCCUGGAUGAUCCCAUGACUGGACCUGUCAGCGAAGAGGUGAUCACAGAGCUCAGGAAAGAUUUUGGCAUGACUUUUGAUGAAUUCUUUAUGGUGCUGGUGGAUUACAACAUGAAAGUGAAGCAAUACUUCGACGUCCCCAUUCCUAUCAAAGUUCUGGUGAAUUACAUGGACACGUUUCCCUCCAGACUACCAGAGAUUGAACAGGAGAAGAAAAGUGGUGUCACCUGCCUCAAGCAUGAAGGUCAGGUUAACAUCAACAAAUUCCUUUUCAGGUUACAGAGGAAGCGAAGGCUGCUGAUAAUUUCAGCUCCUGACGAGGAAGAAUGGAUGUUCCAGCAGCAGAUGUCAGCUGUCACUGGCCAGGACUGCCAUUUAGGGAUUCGCCAUUUUGCUCUGUUGAAGUUGACGGGAACAGGGGAAGAUACCUCAGGAAUGUUGGAGCUGUUUCCUCCCAAUGGGAGAUCCCAAGUGGAAAAGGAGAAACUUUCCUCGCUGGUGGUAAAUGGCCUACGUGAACACUUCCAGGUCAGUGAGGAGCACUUUAUGAUGCUGCUAGUCAGCAAAGAUGGCACGGUACUCUCCUGGUCCCUGUCUCCUGUAUGGUCGCUGGCGACUAUUUAUGAGCUGGUGGACUCGAUGCAGCUCAGACAGGAGGAGGUGCAGGUCCAGGAGUCGUUGGGUAUCAAUUGCCAGGACCACACUACUGAGGCCUGAGGCCCUCUUCGACAUCCACAGCAACUGAGGUUAACGGACGAGAUUCUGAUCACAGUCUCGAAACAACCUGUUACAAGCUCUGUUUAAUUACAUCAGGAAACAUGCAUUGGACACUUCACCAACGUUCAUCUGCACUUUGUACUUCUUAGGACGAUGCCUGUGUUGUAGUAACCAGUAUAACGUACUAAACUCUUCAUGUUAAAUGUUUUUCUGUUUUAAAGAUGCAAGCCACGAAACCCAAUCCUACAGUUGAAAGGGUCUUGCAUCUCUCACUAGACUGUAUGACACAGGAGCAGAGUUGGCUAUUUGGAGUCUGCUCCACCAUUACAUCAUGGCUGAUUUAUUAUCCCUCUCAACCCCAUAACUUUUGAUGCUCUUUCUAUUUAAAUAUCUACAAAUAUUUGUUUUAAAUAUACCAAAUGUCUUGGUCUCCAGCUGUUUGCGCCAAUGAAUUCCACAAAUUCACCACUUGCCGGCUGAAAAAAAUUUCUCCUCAUCUACAUUCUAGAGCAGGGAUUCCCAACCUUUUUAUGCCAUGGACCUAUACCAUUAAGCAAGGGGUCCGUGGACCCCAGGAUGGGAAACCCUGCCUUAGAAGGAUGAUCCACCAGCUUUGGAGAGAAUGUACAUUACAUUGCAAAUUUGCCAGGGUUUUAAAAGAUUAAAUCUUGAUUCCUUUCAGUUAUUGAGGAAUUUAAUUCAAGACGUUAACAACAGCAGCAACUCACUGUUAACCGAUAAACUUCUCAGAUAUCUUGAAAAAUGAGUCUUGAAAUCUGAAAUUGCUUCUUUAAUGAAACCAGGAAACAAGAGGUGCCAGGAAUCUCAAACUCGAUUCCAAAUGUGAUUGAAAAUUUCUGGAUUCUGAAAAGAGGUUUUUGUUGGGUGGCCUUGUCUAGCAAGAGGGAAGUAAGAUAAACAAAUGAGCUGAGAUACAGUGGGGUGACAGACUCAAAUGGCUGAAUCCAAGACACAGGAUAUCCACUAAUCCUAUCUUUUAAUGGGGGGGGGCAGGGAAUGCGGAAUUUGGGAAAGUUUGGGAAAGCUGCAAUCAUCACUAACAUCAGGGAAAUACAGAGCAAGAGAAGCUUGUUGGCCAGAAGCAGCUGCCUCUCACAUCUCCUGUUUUCACCCAUGUCUACUCUGAGAGCACAGCCUCAGCAUGGAGGAAUGUCCCUUUAGAACAAGGGUUUCCAACCUGGGGUCCACAGACCCUCUCCCAUGGUCACUAAACACAGCAACAAACACAAAGCAUUGAAGAAACUCAGUAAGUCAGACAGCAGCUAUGGUGGGGAAUAAACAGUUAACAUUUUGGGCCAAGACCCUUCAUCAGGACGAGGAAGGAAGGGAAAUAACCAGGUUAAGAAGGUGUGGGGAGAGGAAGGAUUACAAGGUGGCAAAUAUUAGACGAGGGGAAGGUGGACGAGUAACCUGCUGAGUUCCUCCAGCACACUUUUGUGCACGUUACUCAAGAUUUCCAGCAUCUACAGCAUUUCGAGCUUUUCAGUAAACAUUAGCACCCAAUUAAUCUCUGCGUUGGUGUGGCGAACUACAUAUACCUGUCUGGACACGCCCCCUGCUGACUGCUCCUGUGGCUCCUCCCACAGACCCCUGUAUAAAGGCGAUUGAGGCCGAUAUCUCGCCUCACGUCUCAGAGAGUUAUUGAUGGUGCAUCAGGUGGAUUGCUGCCUGGUGGCUCACGGCUGAUCAUGUAAAUCCCUUAUUUGGUUCUAAUAUCUGAAGAGGUAAUUUAAGGAAUUAGUGAAAGAGUACAAGUUAACACAGGGGAAAAGAUGACUGCAUGGCAAGUUGUGUUGAUCUGGAGUACAUUAAAGAGGAAGAUCAGCUUUAUUUGUGCAUUGAAACAUACAGAGAAAUGUGUUGUUUGUGUCAGUGACCAUCAGAGUUCGAGGAUGUGCUGGUGUCAGCCCAUAAGUGCCGCCAUGCUCCUAACACCCACAUAGCAUGCUCACAACUUACUAACACUAACCUGUUCGUCUUAGUAAUGUGGGGGUAACUGGAGCACCCAGAGGAAACCCAUGGAGUCACAGGGAGACGUGCAAACUCCUUACUCUCAACGGUGGGAAUUGAAGCUGGGUUGGUUGCUGGCACUGUAAAGCAUUACGUUAACUGCUUCUCUACUGUACAUUAGCCUUUGGAAAAUAAUUAGACAAAUAUCUGCAAGGGAAGCUUUCUUAAUAGGCCAUAGAAGGAAGAGACAUUAUUGGUCAGCACUUUCAAAGUGCUGGGCUGAAUGACCGGAGUCAACAUGUGAUAUUUAGCAGACACACACACAUAAAACGCUGGAAGAACUUAGCAGGUCAGGCAGCAUCUGGGGAGCAGACUAACCAGUCAAUAUCAAAAUUUCAAGAGGUCAAACAAAUGUGAUCUGUACCAGACUACUGGCAGCACACAUUAUUGCCUCAUUAUUGACUUCCAAAGAACCUUGGAUCACAAAACCAUUAGCAUCCAACAACAAAUAAGAAAGAGGGCAGAAGCCAGAAUAAGCGGAACGAGAAGCUGAGAGGGAAGGUGGAUGGGUUGAAAUUGCUUAAGAUAACCAAUAAGAUAGCCCCUAGCUUAGCAGUUAGCAGUUAGUGUGAUGCUAUUAUAGUUUGGCACAUUAAGAGUUCAGAGUUCAAUUCCAAUGCCACCUGUAAGGAGUCUGUACAUCCUUCCUGUGGAAUGCCUGUGUUUACUCUUCCCACAGUCCAAAGGCUCAAAGCGCCUAUUCUGUACUGUAUCUCUAAUUAAUGCGAUACCCAAUGCUGAAACUAGGAAUUUUCCAGAAAAAUAUGAAGACAACUGAAACCACUAGAAAACUCACUGAACAAUUACAGGUAUAUGGGUGAUUAUAUAAACAUACAAACGAGCAAAAGAAAGUUAAACUCCAAGAAAAACAACAAUUAGUUCAAUCCACAGUUCUCUCUCUCUCCUGUGCUACUGUGAAUUCCUGCAAGACAAUGAAUCUCAAGGUAGUAUAUGGUGACACACAGAGUCACAGAACAGAAACAGGCUUUUCAGCCCAUCUAGUCCAUGUCAAACUGUUAAUCUGCCUGGUCCCAUUGACCUUCACCUGGAUCAUAACCCUAUAUCCAUAUACCUAUCCAAAUUUCUCUUUAAUGACGAAACCAAACCCACAUCCAGCACCUCGGGCAGCUCGCUCCACACUCUCACCAUCCUCUGAGUGAAGAAGUUUACCCUUAAACAUUUCACCUUUCACCCUUAACCUAUGACAUCUAGUUUGUGUCUCACCCAACCUCAGUGGAAAAAGCCUUACAUUUAUCCUAUCUAUACCCCUCAUAAUUUUGUAUAUCAAAUCCCUUCUUAAUCUUCUGUGCUCUACAGAAACCCUGGCAACAUCCUUGUUAUAUAUGUGCUUUGAUAAUAAAUUUACUUUGAACUUUGAUGAAGGGUCUGGGCCCAAAACAUCGACUUCUUAUUCCCCUUGAUAGAUGCUGCCUGACUUGCUGAGUUCCUCCAGCAUUUUGUGUGUGUUGAUCUGGAUUUCCAGCAUCUGCAGGAUGUCUUGUGUUUACAUAUCAGGCAUAGAGGUUUUUGGCCAUAAUGUGGUUCAAUUUCGUACAGAAGCCACCUUCUUGGGCAGUUCCAAAUGUAUUAGGCUGAAAUGCCAGUUGAGCUGGGAAGUGGGUAAGAUUCAUUGGCCAUCUGUUAAAGGUGCAGUUUUUAACAUUAAACAAAGGUGCGGUGCAAUGAAUUGUCUUACAAUAUUGAACAUAUGUUAUUUAUACUGGAUUUUGUUACAGAUUUGUUAAGUAUGGAAAAAAGUUAUGUCCUGAAGAAAGAUCAUGGCCUGAAACAUCAACCGUUUGUUCAUUUCUAUAGAUGCUAUCUGACCUGAUGAGUUUCUCCAGGAUUUUUUGCUUGUUGCUUUGGAUUUCCAGCAUUUGCAGACUUCCUUGUAGCUAUGACUUAUUCUGCAUUGUAAUAUACACCUACAAUGUUAUUUUCUUCUAUUCGCCUGGAUUGUAAUAUGAUUAAAUUUACAGUUAUAAUGA